AUGAAAUCUUUUAAAGAAAUAGCAAGUUUCCAUAUUAGCUGUUGUUUGGUGAUGAUCAUUAGCUGCCUACAUUGUGAAGAUGCCGCUAACUUUCCAAGUUUCUAUUCAGAUUCACAGCUCUUUGAUGUCACUGUAGACCCAUUUCACCUUUUGAACUCAUUGUUGCAUGCUUUAAAUUGUCUUUUUAAGCAUUUGUGCCUUUCAUUUACCAUAAAAGUAAAAGCUAGACUUCUAUUGUGUUAA